GAGAUCUGGCGUUGUAGCGUUUCGAUUUACAGCCUCGUCAACGGUAUUCUUCUACCACCUCCUUCAUUUCUAUACCCUUUUUGAGAUACCAGGCCUUGGGUUUGAAAGUUAGAAGUGUACUGCUGAACUGCGGAGUCUUCAUUCCAUUGGAAGUCUGACCAGGAUCACAGGACUUGAGCCCGGAAGUUGAACGCGCGUUUCACACAUAUAUGACACGUUAUACCCGUGCAUUUGUGGUCCUCGUACCACUUGUGGCGACUUUCCUCGUGUUCCGCACGUUCGUUGUGGACCUCGAGUUCCUUCAAGUCGUCGCAGCGAAGCUGAACCUCUCAUGGCCUCUCGCUGUUCACCCGGAUGCUCUACAGAAGCCUCUAGCCGCAGAAGAUGCGUCUCAAUGGCCUAUAGGACACGACACCGAUGACUCACCGCCAAGCAAUACUCCCCACGAUUCACAUCAUCCCUCGAAGGGACGUCCUUACCAUGGUCAAUCUAAAUUCCCGCCAACACCCCGCUACACCCGGAAGAUCGUGGCUGUGGGUGACCUGCAUGGUGACAUGCCAAAUGCACGUUCGGUUCUACAAAUGGCUGGUGUGGUUGACCGUCAGGGCAAUUGGACUGGUGACGUGGAUAUCUUUGUUCAGACGGGAGAUAUCAUUGACAGAGGAGAUGAUACUAUCAAACUGUACUUUUGGAUGGAACAACUGCGCUCACAAGCGGAAGCGAACGGUGGCAUUGUGCUUUCGCACCUCGGGAACCAUGAAUGGAUGAACGUUAUUGGAGAUUGGCGUUACGUGCAUCCAUCUGAAAUUAAGACCUUUGGGUCAGUCGACAGUCGUUUCAAGAUGCUCACGAAGGGCCGUAUAGGCAAAGCUUGGGCCACGAAUUAUACCACAACCUCCCGUUUGCCACUUCACCCAUCGCUAGGCCCACCCAACACAGACUACGACCCGUCGUCUACCUCAACCCUCUCACAUGCCGCUAUCUCGUUUGUUCAUGGUGGUCUUGCUCCUCAUUAUCCGGAUCUCACACCAUUUCCGUCGCGUAUUAAUGAUUUAGGACAUUCCUUACUACGAAAAUUACAACACCGCACGCCACCACCCGUGCAUCCUCCCCAUCCGUAUCCUGGACUUCCCAUGGAUGCGACUCCGGAAGAAAGGAGGUUAUAUGCUGAGAAUGGACCACUUUGGUAUCGAGGUUGGGCUUUGAAGCCAGAGGAGAAGGUUUGUAGAGAGGUGGAUGACGUUUUGGAGAAGACGGGGACGAGGAGGAUGGUCAUGGGGCAUACUCCCGACUUCCAGAAAAUCGUCUCCAGAUGUGGUGGCAAAAUCAUCAUCAUUGAUACCGGUAUUUCACAUGCCUAUGGCGGAGCCCUUUCCGCGCUUUCAAUUCAGUACACGCUUACGCCUAUCUCGAUAACGCCAACAAAAAAGCUGUGGAUAGAACGCGAAUUGGUCUCUGCGGUAUACCCUAAUCGGGUGGAGAUCCUCGCGGACGUAGAAGCUGAAGUCGAAGGCGACUUCGCGUGAUUUCGCGAUUCUGGAGAUCUAGUCUUUGUGCCGUUUGUUCUUGUUUUGUAUGAUUCUGUGAUGGUUGGCUAACUUAUUUGCAUCCUAAUUUAUUUGGGUUGGACUUC